GGGGAUUUCCCAGCCUCUGGUCCGGGCGCCUCCUUCCUCCGGCUCGGGCAUUUCUUUCUCUUUCUCCUUUUUUAAUAUUUUUUUUGCUGUUUAAAAGGUGGGGGGUGUGUAUGUGUGUGUGUGUUUUUUUUCCCGUGGUGCUCCGGCGGUUCCCGGAUGUCUGUGAGCUGAGGGUGAAAGAAAAGUGAGAGAGAGAGAGAGAAAUCAUCAUCAUCAUCAUCAUCAUCAUCAUCAGAGAGAGACAGGGGACAGAGGGAGAGAGACAAGGACGGGAUAAAGAGGGAGAGACAGGGAAGGAGAGAGAACAGGGCGAGGAAGAAACACAUCGGGGAAAGCAAAGGGGAUAGACAGCAGUGAAAAGCUGAAGGCCUUAUAGUCCAGGAGAGAGGAGCAGACAGGGAGAGAGAGAGGAGAGGAAGAGGAAGAGAGAGGGAGAUUGGGAGAGAGAGGGAGAGGGGGGGUUUUAACACUGAGGCUGGUCUAAGGAUAUUCCAAUGAAGGUGAAGGACUGACAGGGGAGGGAGGGAGGAGGGGGAAACAGGAGGCUAUUCCCCAAGCUCAGUCCAACAAGCAGAGUCUGCUUCUCACUGUUCAUUUUAUUAAAACCUACACAUUGGAGCUAAAGGAGAAACUGAAAAGAGGUUUUGUUGAUGAAGGAGAGGCGGUGGCCGCCUCCUCCUCCUCCUGUUUCCAGAGGAAGUUACAUUAAAGAGGACAACCACCUUUCUCUCUCUUGCUCUUUCUGAGCUUGUGAAUAAUGGACUCUGACUCCAUACUACAUGACAAGAUAGUGGAAUACAUGAAUGCAUCUGGACGCGAUGACCUUAAUGAGGCUGAACCCCCUAAGAAACUUGUAUUGGAAAAGAAUACAUUUAAUCAGACUAAACUCAGCAAUGGGACACCGAGUAUGAUAUCAGCCAAGCAACGUGCAGCUUCUACUAGUUAUGAGAAACAGAAAGAGCAGUGUGUGAAAUACUUUGACCAGUGGACAGAAACCGAUCAGGUGGAAUUCGUCGAGAACUUGAUAUCCCGAAUGUGUCACUAUCAGCACGGCCACAUCAACUCUUACCUGAAACCAAUGCUGCAAAGGGACUUUAUCACAGUCUUACCAGCCCGUGGUCUGGAUCACAUUGCAGAGAACAUCCUCUCGUUCUUGGAUGCCCGGUCACUGUGCGCUGCGGAACUUGUGUGUAAGGAAUGGUAUCGGGUGAUCUCCGAUGGAAUGCUCUGGAAGAAGCUGAUGGAACGCAUGGUGCGCACGGAUUCCCUCUGGAAAGGUCUCUCGGAAAGAAGAGGAUGGAUCCAAUAUCUGUUGAAAAACAAGCCCUCCGAUGGUAUUCUACCUCCAGAUUCCUUCUACAGAUCUCUGUAUCCCCAAAUUAUACAGGACAUAGAGACCAUUGAAUCUAACUGGCGGUGUGGGCAUCACGGUUUACAGCGGAUACACUGCCACAGUGAGACGAGUAAAGGUGUAUAUUGCUUACAGUAUGAUGAUCAAAAAAUUAUCAGUGGUUUACGUGACAACACUAUCAAGAUUUGGGACAAGAACACACUGGAGUGUAAGAAUGUUCUGACAGGGCACACCGGCUCCGUGCUGUGCCUGCAGUAUGAUGACAAAGUGAUCAUUACUGGAUCCUCAGACUCCACAGUAAGAGUGUGGGAUGUUGGUACAGGGGAGAUGUUAAAUACACUGAUUCAUCACUGUGAAGCUGUCCUGCAUCUCCGCUUCACCAAUGGAAUGAUGGUCACGUGCUCCAAGGAUCGUUCAAUCGCUGUGUGGGAUAUGAGCACCUCCACGGACAUCACCUUGCGUAGAGUCCUGGUCGGCCACAGGGCAGCUGUCAAUGUUGUGGAUUUUGAUGAUAAGUACAUCGUAUCAGCUUCUGGAGAUAGGACGAUCAAAGUGUGGAACACUGGCUCCUGCGAGUUUGUGCGAACACUGAAUGGUCAUAAACGGGGCAUCGCCUGCCUGCAGUACAGGGACAGACUAGUCGUCAGCGGUUCCUCUGAUAACACAAUCCGGUUGUGGGAUAUUGAAUGCGGUGCUUGUCUGCGAGUUCUGGAGGGUCAUGAAGAACUAGUUCGAUGUAUUCGCUUUGACAACAAGCGAAUAGUUAGUGGAGCCUACGAUGGCAAAAUUAAAGUGUGGGACCUAGUGGCUGCGUUGGACCCCCGAUCGCCAGCCGGGACCCUCUGUCUGCGAACAUUGGUGGAGCAUUCCGGGAGAGUAUUCAGGCUUCAGUUUGACGAGUUCCAGAUAGUGAGCAGUUCUCAUGAUGACACCAUCCUGAUCUGGGAUUUCCUGAAUGUGCCCUCCGAGCAAGGGGACGGCUCGCAGUCAGCACCCCGCACGUACACCUACGUCUCCAGAUAGGUGCAGGCAUCUCGCGUCAGACCAGUCAUGGAUGUCUCAAAUUCAGCUUUUAGGCACUUAAAAAUUAAUGAUCCUGAGCCACACAUUCAUACAAGGAAGCGGUCAUUUUGAAGGGGACUCAUUUCAGGAUGUGGGACAGCGAGCAGUGAGUACCUGCUCAAUGAAGAAUGAAAGCACUUCUGAGAAGAAAAACAAAUCCCCACACAUCAUUGCAUCAACGGAAGAAGUUUCAACUGGAUUUCCACCUCCAUCUCAAAGUAACGCAACAAAACCCAAUUAAUUUUGUAAGUUUGUAUGGACUGAUUUCUUGAAGGAACUUUAAAGACGCAGGAAAAACUAAAAAACAAAAUUCUCUAAAAGGGAACAGUGAAAGGCCCCCGGAAUUGGUGAUGGGUUGUGCUGAAAUGACCAAAUCUGUACUGUUGCAGAUUUUUUUUCUUUCUCCCACUUAGCAUCAGAGUUUGAAGAAGCUCCCCAACUAAUGGUACUGAGCCCCAGAGAGCAGAAGAUCCCAGGUGUUAACUGGAGUUGGUCGAGGUGUCUCUGAACCUGGGGUGCAAGCUAGUUGGAGGAGGGUGGGUUUGGGUUUGGGGUGGGGGUUGGUUGAAGAGAGGGAGAAAUGAAAUCAGCCAGAUUUGCUUUUCUUAAAUACUACCCCUCCUUAACCACUGCCUAUAAAGCGAGGACAGAAUUGGGCUCUACGGUGAUGCCACGGCUAAACAGCCUGUGAAGGAUACCAGCUUGGGUCUGAUCGUGAAAGGCUGCUGCCCAUGGAACUGUACUCCAGUAAAACUCCACACCCUCCAGAGAGGAGGGGGCGAGAAAUAGACACUUAGCAUCAAGGGUUUGAUUUGAGUAAUUCCUAAGGGGUGUGUUCUGAUGCUGUGUUUCCUGAAUAACCAAUAAAACGUUGCAACUUUGCAGUGGAGAUUGUGAUGUUGGGAUUGUUCUCCUAUUAAUCAGUUGUCCUCACUGGAAAGAACAAUGACAUUGUGAACAUGUAGUGGGGGCAACCCAGUCGCUUGAUGGAUUUGCAUUACUAUGAUGAAGUAUGCCACCAUCCUGUUAUCAUCUCGACUUGGCCAGCUCACCAUCCAGAAUAAAGUAACUGCCAAAAUAAACUCAAUACACACACACACACACACACACACACACACACACAGCAUCGCAACCAAUUGGAUCCAGGUCUGCCCUGUUGUUUGACAAUCACAGGCUCAAUUUGAUCCUGAGCUGAGAGGGGUGGCAUUGUUGGUGGUGGAUUGGGCCUUGGCUGCUGCUUCCAACCAAUACUUGAUCCCCAAAUGGACAUGAGUUGAGGGCAGGAUCAAACUCGGCCGCAAAGCUGAAAAGCCUGUUGACCAUUGCUCGUUGGGAAAGCAAGGUUAAUACAAAGGGUAUGAGCAGGUCACUGCCAGCCCCCUGAAAGCUGUACCCUGUCAUAGUAAGAGAGUGGCAGUCACCUGUAGUGUUGUACCUUGGGAGGUGUCACCUGGAGUGCUGCCGGUUCUCAUAAACCACAUUGAGCAGCCCAGUUAUUAAAGAUGGGAGAAAACUGUCAGAGAAAAGGCAACAGUGCAGAAGGGGCCUCAGCACUGCUCUGAUUAGCACCUAUGAUGUAUAAUUGUAUAAUCUCCACCUUCUGUCCGAGAGGAAGGUGAUGGAUUGUGUUGCUAGAAGCCAAUGUGCAAUUUACAGUUACUAUUGUACAGUUUGUGUAUAGUACCUUGUGUUUAGUUUAUUUUAAAAAGUAUUCUCUGUAAAACUUUUCUUUAAUCAUUGAUGAAACCCCAGGGCUCUUAAAGGUCAAAUUUCAGUAGUGUCUCAUGACGGCCGGUCCGUGUUGUGGAGAAGUUUUUUGGGCGGUGGGGAGGGGAUGUUAGUAUCAGUGUUUUAUGUUUCUUUUCUGUGUUUGCUUCCCCCCACCCCCUCCCAACCCCUGAGUUGAACACUACAGAAAAUUGCUGAUCAAGAAAGCCUUAACCACAUGGGAGUUGGGAGGUACUGCUAUGAUCAGCACACUCCCCCAAACUCUAGGUAUUUAUGCCACUUUGGACUUAGAAUUGUUGACUUUUGGAGGAGGGAGGGUAGGGAAAUGAAGGUAAAGCAGGGUGAGCUAGCUUCCCCUCAACCCCCACUCCACUCCCAGGGGUAUGUAACCGGGCUCUGGGUUCAAUCCUCACUCUGUGCAUUGAAUGAGCUUCUCUGAGCUGGGGAAUUGGUGUGGUGGUAGCGGGGGGGAUGCCUGCAGGAGAGGUAGCAUCAAGUGGACUCUCUGUACUCAACCCUGGGAUCAGUCAAGAGUUCACUGAUGAAGAUCACUAUCCGGUGCCCAUUGCUGGGUUCAGGGCCGGGCGAUGCCUCACACAGAUUCAUGGCCAAAGCUCAUCCAGUUUCAAGAGGUGACCAAUGUGCUCUUGGGCCAGCGGUGUUUUGGUCUCUGGGAAGCUGGACUCUAAAACCUUAGUGGGAUGUGGUAAGAAAGAGAACAAGGUUGUUGAUUCAGCCUAGUUCUUCCCCAGAUAUGUCACUGUAAUUCCUCAGCAAAUUACCCCUGGUUUCCCCACCAACUUGUGACUUUCAAACUAUCAGGCGAUGCCCAGGUUUCUAACAUGUCAUUUCUCCACAAUGCAACUCCACUCAAUCUAAACUUCUCCCCCGCGCACUCCCACAUUUUUUGGGGGGGGUACAAGCUCUCCUUUUAUCAGUUCACCGUGGCUUUGGUAGCAAUUUGUGCUAUUUUUCUACAUUUUCUUGUUUUGAGGUAUUGUUCUGUGGAUUAUUUAUGUAGUCUUUUUAAAAACAAAAAAUGCAUUCUUUAAGAUAUGUGGUUCAUGAUUAAAUUGCAACUUAUCAUUCUCCCAA